AUGACGGAGUUGCUUUUAGCUCAGUCACCUAUUCCUUCCUCUCAAGAGCUUGUUUCUUCUCAAGAUAUCCCCAUGUCUCAAGAACGUACAUACAAUGGAAAGGUCACUUAUUCCUCAAGGCCUAUAACGGGGAACAUAAAUGUUGCUGGUUAUAGUGAUGGAACAAAGGCUGAUCCGGUUACGCGCGAACUUAUCAAGAGUUUGAUAUUUGAGCAGAUUGAACAGAAUCCCAACAAGAAAGCCAGGGAUAUUGUUAGAGAACUCAAAAGUGAUUAUGGGUUGGAAGUGAGCUACGAUCAGGCGCAUGCCGGGAAAGAAUUAUGUUUCAAGGAAUUGUAUGGCGAGGACAUUAAAUCAUACACUGACUUGAGAUGGUGGUGUGAAGCCGUGAAGAAACACGAUCCAGGUAGUAGGGCUGAUUUAGUUGUUGAAGGUGGCGAGUUUAAGAGUUUGUUCUUAGCCUUCGAUGCUUGCAUCUCUGGUUUCGAAUAUUGUCGCCCGGUACUGUUCUUGGAUGCAACUUUCCUAACUGGAAAAUUUAGGGGUUGUCUUAUGGCGGCUACCGGGAAGAAUGCGAAUAAUGGAAUAUUUCCUCUGGCAUAUGGUAUCGUAUCAGCUGAAACUGUUGAGAAUUGGCAUUGGUUCUUGAAGAAACUAGAAUCUAUCUUGGGUCCUCGUGUACUAACUUUUAUUUCGGAUCGCCAUGAGGGUUUGAUCCAAGGGAUUCGUGAUGUUUUCCCAACUUUCUAUCAUGCUUGGUGUUACCAGCAUUUGAAGAAUAAUGUCCGCAGCUUUGAUCAGGGUAUGCAAAAGUUGAAGGAUAUGGGAUGUGAUGGUCUUCACAAAUUCUUGAGUGAGAUUCCAGUGGAAUGUUGGUCCAAUGCACAUUGUAUGGGCUGUCGUUACGGCGACAUGUGUUCAAACAUUGCAGAGUCCUUUAACUCUUGGAUCAAGGAAGCAAAAGGUAUGCCUAUUGCAACACUUGUUAACUGGAUCAGACUUAAAAUUAUGGAACAGAUGAGUACAAGGAAGAGGAAGGGGGCGACGUAUAAAGGAUUCAUUUGUCCUAGGCUAGAGAAAAAAGUGUUGGCUUCCAUUCGUGCUGGUGUCAAAUGGAGAAUAACCAAGUCUGGUGACAUGGAGUGGGAAGUUUUUGAUGGAAAACACACGCAUGCUGUUAAUAUUGCGAAGUUUCAGUGCAGCUGUAGGGUUUGGUUUACUGAGAAGUUCCCUUGUGAUCACGCUAUUGCGUGUAUGCAUUCAAAUAACAUCAAUGUUUACGAGUACAUUAAUCCGUAUUUCAGCAUUGCUAGCUUCCGUGCUUCGUAUGAUUGUCCUAUCAAGCCCAUUCCUGAUUACGACAAGCCUAUUGAUGUUGCUACUGGAGAUAUCGUGAACCCACCAACUGUCGUAGGAAAAAAACAUGGUAGGCCGAAGAAGAAGCGGAUUCCUAACACAGGUAGUGCAAGUUUCAAGAGACCAAUUACGUGCAAUAACUGCCAUACUCAGGCACAUCAUAACAAGACGACGUGUCCUCAUCCUCAUGCGAAAAAGCAAUGUUAA